AUGGAUUCUCGCUUCGAACCUACUGAUGAAUGUUAUUACCGAGAAGCAACGGGGUGGGCAAAAAGCAACACAAACCUUGUCGGAAGAAGAAAUAGUGCUCGAGGAGCGCCAGGUAGUUAUGGUAGGAGGUCUCUGUAUAAAGAAGGAGAGACCGAAUCGGGAAAGAUUGAACAACCGGCAUCCCUGUUGUAUGAAUACCUCUACAUGCACAAGCGUGUUGGGUAG